ACCGGAAGAGGUGAGUCUGAUUGGCAGGGCAUGGCCGACGGUGUGCGGGGAAUAUGGCGGAGCGUGUGAAGAAGCGGCCCUGCGGCCCGGGUGAACAUGGCCAAAGGGUCGAGUGGCGAAAAUGGAAGCAGCAGAAGAAAGAGGAGAAAAAGAAGUGGAAGGAUCUCAAGCUGAUGAAAAAACUGGAGCGGCAGCACGCACAGGAAGAACAGGCAAAGCUCCAGCAGGAAGAAGAAGCAACUGCACAGAGGGAGGACCAGGGUCGGCCCUACACCCUGAGUGUGGCCCUGCCAGGCUCCAUCCUGGACAAUGCCCAGUCACCAGAGCUGCGCACCUACCUGGCUGGCCAGAUUGCCAGAGCCUGCACCAUCUUCUGUGUGGAUGAGAUUGUGGUGUUCGACGAAGAAGGCCAAGAUGCCAAGACCGUGGAGGGAGAAUUCAGGGGAGUCGGUAAGAAGGGGCAGGCAUGCGUGCAGCUGGCCCGGAUCCUGCAGUACCUGGAGUGUCCACAGUACCUACGAAAGGCGUUCUUCCCCAAGCAUCAGGAUCUCCAGUUUGCAGGGCUUCUGAACCCCUUGGACAGCCCUCACCACAUGCGUCAGGAUGAGGAGUCCGAGUUCAGAGAAGGCAUCGUGGUGGACCGGCCCACCCGGCCAGGCCACGGGUCCUUUGUCAACUGUGGCAUGAAGAAGGUAGGGAUUGGGAGAGCGGGUUGGGACAGACAUUCCGGACACAUCCGGCCAUGGAGGGCAGGCAGGGUCCUGUGAGCAGGGAGCCCUGGACCCGGGCAUCUGUGUAGAUGACCCAGGCCCUACUGAUGUAGAUUUGGGCCAGAGAAGUGCCCCCAAACAGGGCUCAGUAGAUAAAGCCAGGAGCAAAUACACUGUUUCUUAAAAAGUAAAUGAACAGAGGUAGUCCUCACGCUCAGACCCAAUCCACCCCAGCCAAAACCCUACAAAAACAAGUUCAGAAUCCCUCUGGGGCAGCUCCGGCAGGACGCAGAGCCACACUGGGAUUGGCGCAUUCAUCUGCUGCCUGCUUACUCUCAGGGCUUCUGGAUUCAGAGACAGAAAUACUUCAAGGUGGAGGGUCCCCUCCCCUCAAAAAGAGCAGACCAGAAAUGACGGGCUAACUGCAGACCAGGAUGACCCAGACCCAGACGAAAGGAGAAAACAGGAGAAACCUCAGAAGGGAAAGUGCCCUAUCCUGAAUUCAGAGUUGGCACAAAACACAGACAUCGGUUAUCACUCGUUGCAGCUCCCGUUGACCUCACACCGGGCCCUGGGCUGUUGUUUGUGGAGGGUUUGCUGUUCGACAGUGGAGGGAACUGAGGCUCGCAGAGGUUAAGUGGCCUGCUCACACCGCUGUAGCUAGGAAGUGGUGUAGCCACAUCUGUUCAGAACGUAGAAGACUGGGAUUCCAUCUUGCGAAAUACUUACUCCUGCCCUGUGCCAGGCCCAGGGCGUUCGUCUUUGCCCAGCGUCUGGUGGUAGUUUUGCAAGAAUGG